AUGGUGAAGGACAAGUUAAAGGAACCUGUUCUUACAGCUUUCACAACUAAUGGUGACUAUGUGGCCAUUUUGUCUGCAAAUGGGACGGCCAAAAUUUGGAAUACAGACAAUGGAGAUUUGUUAGCAGAAUGGAAGCCAUCAGAUGGAGAUGAUGAUAUCCGUUACUCUUGUAUUGCAUGCAGUUUCACUGGGAAAAAGCGUAGAAAAGAUCAGGGAACUUGCAUGUUAGCUCUUGGCACAGAUGAUGGAAAAGUUCUCGCUGUUGAUGUUUCCACUGGUGACACAAAGUGGCCUACUAGUCAUACAAUUCCCAGUGGGAUUUGUGGACUUUCAUUUGCAAAAAAAGGACAGCUUCUUUGUGUUGUUGGACAUGAUGGGAAGGCAUAUGAAAUUAAUUCUGAAACAGGAGAGCUUCUAAAGGAGUUCAGAGUCUCGAAAAAGUCCAUCUCUUCGCUUGCUUUCUCACAUGAUGAAAAAUACUUAGCAAUUUUCAGCUCUAGACUACGAGUUAUAAGCCGGGAAACUGGGAAAGAGGUUUUGAAGUGCCCUAGUGAUUUGGAAAAUAUAAACCGUGUUUCUAUAUCCAAUGAUGCAAAAUAUUUAAUUACAUCAGAUUCCGAGGCAAAACAUCUUCAAGUUUGGAAGUGUGACUUAAGUUCAGGAACUGUGAGUACUGGUCCAACACUUUCCUCGAGGCAUGCUCCAUUGGUUCUUGAUUGCCACCUCGGUAGCAAUGAAGAAGAUGGUUUAGUUGUCUCGGCAGUUACUUCAGGUGGAACAUACAUAUGGAAGAAUUUGAAUGCUUCUUCUGAAGACCAAGUACACCGAACUAAAAUAACCUCAAAAACAGAACAAGUUGAAAGUGAAAAGGAAAAUGGUAAAAGUUCAAAGAAAAAGUGCACUUCUAUAAUUGCAUCCAGAUUUCAAUCCACGGGGGAAGACAGUCAGAUGAAAGCUUUGGUGACUUAUGGCUCUGCAGAUCAUCCAAAAUUUACUGUCUUAAAUAUUAGCGAUUUAGGGGAGAAUGUGGUAUUAAAUGUGGGAGAUGAGCUUGAUUCCGUUCAGAAGCAUGACAGUCCUUCUAAGAAAGCAGUAGAAAAGGAAAGUAAGAAAUCUAAGAAAAGACAAGCAACAUCUGAUCCUGAUCUUCCAACCACAACUGACAAGUUGAACUUCGAUCAACUUGAGGAUGUCAAUGGAGUCCUUGAUGAUGAUCCGAGUGAGCCAACAAUGGGAGAGAAACUUGCUAGUCUCAAUUUGGUGGAUGAAAAAACAUCCAAGAGUGACAAAGAGCAAGAUUCUUUGGUCUCAUUGAAGCCUCCAAGUGCAGACAGUGUAGAUGUUUUGCUUAAGCAAGCAUUAAAUGCUGAUGAUCGUGCCCUUCUGUUGGAUUGCUUGUAUACGCAAGAUGAGAAGGUUAUUAUCAAGUCAGUUGCGCAGUUGAACCCAUCCAGUGUCCUCAAACUUCUUAAUUCUCUUAUAACCAUUCUUGAGUCUAGGGGUGCAAUUUUAGCAUGUGCUCUUCCAUGGCUGAAGUGUCUUCUUCUACAGCAUGCAAGUGGAAUAAUGUCCCAAGAAUCUUCAUUAAAAGUUUUGAACUCUUUGUUUCAACUGAUUGAGUCUAGAGUCUCCUCUUUUAAAUCUGUCUUCCAACUCUCGAGUUUUUUAGACGUCAUUUACGCCGGGGUUCUUGAUGAAGAGGUAGAUGAAGUUGAAACAGUGCCAAUUAUCUACGUGGAUACAGAUGAUAGUGAAGGUGAAGAAUCUGAGGAUAUCAUGGAAACUGACAAAGAUAGCAAGGAUGGAGAACUAUCAGAAGAAGCAUUGGAUAAUCUUAGUGACAUUGAAGGUAGUGCUGAUGGUAUGAUGGAAGAUUAA